AUGGCGCAUGCAUGGCUGGACUCGCUGUCUGAGGACUGGGUCUCCCAGCCGGGCGACAACUCGUCCGACAAGCUGCCGCCUCUGAAGAACAACAGCAACAGCAACACUCCAGACUCGAAGCCGCGCCAGCGACCGAGCCGAAUACCGCGCAGGACUCCCAACAGCAGACUGUCGAUAUCCUCUAUCGGCGAAACGAGCCCCGCGAUCCUGAGCGAACGCAGCGCCAGCGAGAUCAACGUUUCCAACCGGCGCCUAAACUGGCGCCUGUGUCAGCAAGUUAAGCAACGAGAGGCCUCGAACUCUACCGAGGGCUCCGUAGUCCACAAUAGCGUCCUGCGGAAGUCUACUGGGAGCCGAAGAAAGACCGAGACGCCAGAGUGGAAGCGGCGCCUGGUGCAUGGCAAGGUUGCCUAUGGCGAACAGCGCGACCUGUUUUGCUCCGCCGCCGAGGGCUUGCAGGGCAUGUUUCGUCCACCUUCUGCCGGCGGCGAUGCUGGCGAGACAACGCUGCCAUCGAGUCCACCUCAAGUCUCUGCACCUCCGACGAUAGACAAGGACCUAGAGCGCUACAUUGACGCCGCCGACGAGUCCGACGGACCGGCCGACAUUUCCCCAAGCCCGAGCCCGCGGCGGCGCGAGCGCGGCAUCCAGUACAGACUCAACGACCAAGACACGGAAAGCCCGUCAAUAGCAUCGCGACGCGCGCCGAGCGCGAUGACCGCGCCGCAAAGCGACGACAUCUACCGCGACGAGAGCUGUCUGACCGCUCCCGACGACGCGGCCAACAUGACGAGAAAAACAAGCGGCCAGACCGACACUCGAAACGAAGAUUUCAGCCCCAUAUUGAUUGGCAAGCACAGCAACGACGACGGCAAGGUCGGCUUUGCACCCAUCGACGUGCCGGUCGAGCAGCUCUGGCAGAAGCUGGAACGGCUGCGUGUCAAUCAGUUGCUUGUCGACUCGCAGCUCGAUUCGCGAGUGGACCUGGAGCCCAAACAGGAUCGCGGCCGAGACGAUCCUGGCCUUAGCGAUACCACGCAGGAGUUGGGACGCAAGGGCGCCUUUGUUAAUGUUCAGCGGGGUGGACGAUCUGGAGACGGUUCUUUCUACCAUCGCGGGCUCAGCUCGGAGAUCGGAGUCGACACAUCUGAGAUGCUCCCGGAGGAGUCCAUGCAAGCCAGCACGCCUAAACAGUUCCCAUCGGUUAGGGUCCAGGGGACAAACCCAGUGCCGACUCUCCAUCUGUCGCCGAGUCCGACCUUGCCUCGCGCACCGUUCCCCAGCCCCGAGAAGCGCCAAGCCCGAGACGCAGCGGCCACCAGUCCGCUGAAGCUGUUCGGCCCGUACGACACCUUUACGAACCAGACCUUGCUCCGACGCAUAAGCCAGUUCGAAGAGGCAUCUGGAAGCCCGUCGCGCCAGUCAAGCAUCUCGCAUGCAGACAACCCCAUUCAGCAGCCAUCACCGACCACCGACCAGGAUGCAUCGCCCCACGAGUUGAGGGCAAUCAGCCGCUUUGGAGGCGGAGACUUGGACGGAUAUUCGUUCCCCGGCGAUCUGUCCUACGAGUCGAGUGGGGAUUGGGAGGCUGCAGACAAGGAGAACGUCGCGCCUGCCCCUGGACCUUCUGCUCUGCCUCCAUUCUACGCGCCGCGCGAAUCCUCGCCUGAUCACCAAGCCGACUUGCAGGUGCGCAGACGCCGAAAUACAGGCUCUACACAAACCAGCCGCCAGGCACUCUCGUCGUCUACGGCCAGCAACCAGCCCUUCCCUGCCUUGCCCAGCGGAGCGCCCCUGUCGGCCUUCACGCCGAAGCGUGACGGCGACUCGGAAGGCAAACGGCCACGCACCUCACCGUCCAAGGACCCAACGCCCAAACGUCGACGAACACUGCAUCGGUCCGAUGUUGCCUUUGGCCGCGAGGAGCAACUGGCCGCGAUCGAGGGUGCCCACCAGCAAAUGCAAGAAGUCAUGGGGAAGAAGCGCAAGGAUGCCCGCGCCGGCGAGUUCCAAACGGCAGACCCCAGCGUUCUGGCCAUGCGCUCGAUUCUCUGGCCGCGGAGCCAUACUUCGAGCCCGCAGGCGUUGCCGCCCGUGAACCCACAGCUUCGUGCGCUGCAGGCGGCUGCCGUAUCCCCCGGGAGUGAGCCUUCCGAGACCGAGCGAAAGCCCUCGAUCCGAACACAGGACUUUGUCGACCAAGCAGCACAAAUCAUGGCCAUGAUUCGUAGCCAAGUCCGGCCGGACCUGGCGAGCCUUGAGGAGUCGGUCGCUGAGGGAGCGGCCGACAGCCCAAGAGCCCCGAUGACGGACCUAACUGACGAGUCUGCCGAGCCGUUUUCACGCCCCCCAAGCCGAGAUGGACAGCCCAGGCCUGCGCUGAACCAGUUUCAAGAGGAUCCAGACCUUGUGAGCCGCCUCAAGAAGUACCGGGAACGAAGUGAUGCGGGUGAUUUCAUCUCCUCCUCCUUCCGGUCGAUGGGGUUGGCAAACACUGGUGGCCAGAAUGAGACGGAGCGAAGCCGGCCCAUUGCGCCUGCGCAUUUGCGGUCGAACGGACCUCUCCCCGUCAAUGGAGACUUCGUCAGCGACUUGCCCAAUGUUCGAAUCACAUCCGCCGGGGGCCAGUCCCAUGGGCUCCUUAGCCCAAGCAAGGAGUUCCCUUCCAACUCUUCCAGUCGAGACUUUAGUAGAAACUUUCCUACCACAUCUUCACGUGGCUCCGAGUCACGACGCACCAUCAUGCCGGAGAGUGUCUCUCACCUGAUCCCGGACCGAGUCGGAAGCAUGUUCCUCGACAAGCAGAACAAGACAUGGAUCAAGCGCAAGGGUUCGACGUCUACUGCUGCGUCAGUGGACGCGGCGCGAUUCGAGGAAAGCGAAGAGGAUCCGUUUGCUAGCAUCCCGGAUCUCUCUGUCGACAUGACCAAGGAAAUGCAGAACCUGCGUCUCGGCGCCGCGCUCCGGGGGCCUGGGGCCGAGGAUGCCGACCACCAAGAAUCACCCGGAAGUCCGUUUGGCCAGCGAUCGCGUCAAUCAAGCAGAGGCUAUGGUACCUUGUCGCCUAAGGAUCGUAUUGGACCGCACAUGUCUCCACUGGCAAGAGGAGAGCUGGAGAGGCUGGAAGACCGUGCUGCCUCGGGCUCUGUUGCAUCUCAGGAUGUCGAAGAUCAAGACUCCGUCAUCUACGGCAGCCGUGACAACGCGGCGACGUCGAAAAAGAGAACUCUCACCAUUUCCUUCUCAUCACCGGUCGCUUCAAUCAUACACGACGUUGUUGCCGAGGAUCUGGAUAGCCUCGACGAUGAUCCCCAAGCGGCGUACGACAGGCCGCCUGUCAAGCAGUCACUCCGGAACACCAUGUCGAACAUGACGCGAGGCGCCUCCCAAGGUACAUCUCGGCCGAUGUCCAGUCGUGGAGCUGGCUUCGUGCCACGCCCAGUGUCCCGCAUCGACGAGCAGGACGAGGAGAGCACAGUCGAGAUACACCCAGAUGAAGACCGACAAGUCAGCAUCGUUGGUGAUCAUAGCGUCGUCAGCCACCGAACACCUCGCAGUCGGCACGCUAGUCUGAGUUUCAUAAUCAACCACACGCCAGGCCAUGGAGCGAUGCAAUACCAGCCAGAUGAGAGCGCCAUGAUCGGUCGCAACGUUGGCAAGCUUUCGCUGAGCCCUCUAUCGGAGUUUACUCUCAACAAUCCGGAGCAGUCGUUCGGUUUCGAGGUUAGCUACGUGAUGGGCCCGCGGCACAUGGCAACGGGCGACGGCUCUAAGAGAGUCUUGUCCAUGACGAUAAGAGAGCUUGUGGACAAACUUAGCGAGGUUGAGCCGUAUGAGCCAUUCUGGGAAGACCUGACGGAUCUCGAUCUGCAUGACAAGCAGCUCACGAGCCUGCACAUGCUGGACGAGUUUUGCGGCAGGGUCGUCAAGCUGGACGCCUCUCAGAACAAGCUGAAUCACCUCGAUGGCGUCCCGUCUAGUGUGCGACAGCUCAAAGUAUCGUGCAACAUGCUGACCGAGCUCACGUCGUGGGACCACCUCAUGCAUCUACAAUACGUCGACAUUUCUGGCAACGAGAUAAAGAGCCUCUCCGCACUCAAAAACCUGGUGCAUUUGCGCAGCAUACGGGCCGACGACAAUCAGCUUACAAGCCUGGAUGGCCUGGAUUGCCACGAUGGCUUGCUCUCGCUGAGGGCGCGCAACAAUUUGAUUGAGGAACUCGAUUGUUCCUUGACGUUGUUUGAGCGGCUGACAGAGCUGGACUUGGAGGGCAACAUGAUCCGCUCCAUUCACGACCUCGAGCUAUUGCCGGUAUUGUCGAAGCUGGUGCUGCGGAAGAAUUCCCUGUCCGAGUUCACGCUGAAGCGAAGCAUGAAGACGCUGCGCCAGCUGGAUCUGAGCGAUAAUGAUCUCACCAGCCUGGACCUGAGCAACACACCAAACAUUCAGUCCGUUCACGCCGACCGAAAUCGAAUCCGCGAGCUUACAGGCUUCGACCGGGCUAGACGGAUGGACAGCCUUUCUCUGCGGGAGCAGCAUGGCAACUCGUCUUUGGACAUGAGCUUCCUGGCCAGCGCUUACGAGGUCCGGAAACUCUUCCUUUCAGGGAACUACCUUGGUCGCUUCGAGCCAACAGUUGAUUUCCUCAACCUGCAGCUCUUGGAUCUGGCAAAUUGCGGACUGCAGGCGCUACCGGACAAGAUGGGGCAGCUCAUGCCGAAUCUGCGGACGCUCAACGUCAACUUCAACGCCAUUGCCGACCUAUCGCCGCUCCGAUACGUCCCAAGAUUGAAGAAGUUGCUCGCUGCAGGCAACAGGCUUGCAGACUCGACAGCCGUCACACAGCUCUUGGUCGACUUCCCACACCUCACGCAAUUGGACGUUCGGGACAAUCCGGUCACUCUAGGGUUCUACGCCCCGGUGCAGGUGCUGGUACCGACGGAGCGACAGGGCUCCUGCGACCCAUUCACGCUGCCAGACGCUGACGUGGAGCGGGAUGAGCUGUUUGCGAGCCGACUGGAUGAAGCGACAAGGCUGCGGCGGAGGCUACAUCACGUUGUGCUGGUCUCGAACUCUGAAGGCUUGGUGCCAAAGAUGAAGGAGGGUCCAGUGGCGCACUCGGAAGUAGCCACGGAUGCUGCCGCAGCUGUUGUACCCGACGAGCCAGAGAUGGGAAAGGAUGACGCUGCCGCCGUGGCAGCACAGCUGGAAGAAGAGAUGGAAGCCUCCCGGCAGAGAAACGAGAGCAGCCGCUGGAGCAUGGAGAACAGCUUCGCCUGA